AUGGCGGAGGAGGGCUCCUCCUGCCCCUCGCUACGCCUACCCUGGGCAUCGGCGCUGCGCCCGCUUCUGCCACUGGCCCUCAUCGUGGCAGCGGUCUACGGCUUCCUCUACAGCCCUUGGCUGGCGAAGCAGCAGCAGCCGCAGCAGCAGCAGCUAGAGACACCUGCGGGCAGGCAGUGGAUCACCCAUGGGCGCGGGGAGUUCCGUUUGGGGACCGCGCAGGGGCCUUCGCGUAAGGAGGCCCUCCGGGUGCCUGCGUCCGGUAACUUCCAGGAAAAGUCUCUGGGCAGCGCCGAGUUUGGUGCUCAGGCUGUCUGGAAAGCUGGAUGGGACAUUGCUGAGCUGCAGCUGAACCGCACAGGUGCUCGCCAGGACCCCAGGCUGCGCUGGCAGGCCGGCCCGGCACUCGGCCGCUCCUUCCUGUUCGGACCGGAGCUGGACGACGGGCAGCUACGUAUCCAACGUGACGGCAUUUACCGGUUGCACAUCCAGGUCACGCUAGCCAACUGCUCCUGGUGGGGACCCACCCGGCCCCGCGGUGCCACUCUAGCCUUGAGCAUCUGCAAACCGGCCACACACAGCAUCAGCAUCUUGCGCCUCCACUUCUCCCAGAGCUGCAGCGUCGUCUCCCAGCGCCUGACACCCCUGGCCCGUGGGGACCUGCUGUGCACCAACCUCACACUGCCCCUGGUACCCUCCCAAAACCCCGACGAAACCUUCUUUGGUGUCCAGUGGGUGCAUCCCUGA